GGGUACAGGUGAUGCACCAGACAUGGCAGAGUUUCCCAUCCCUUACCAGCCCUCCCAACAUGGGUGGUGCCUUGGCCAUGACACUGCUGGUGCGACUCACUCUUGUUCUUCCUCCAGGGAGGAGCCACUUCCCUCUCCCCAGAAGGAUGGAGGUCCUGCAGCUCCUGCGUCUGCUCCUCACCACUGCCAUGCUGGGUCUGUCCCAGACAGUGAACCCCUUUGUGGCCCAGCAGACUCCCCCAGACCCUUGCUAUGAUGAGAAUGGUGCUCCUCGACGCUGCAUCCCUGAAUUUGUCAAUGCUGCCUUUGGGAAAGAGGUUCAAGCCUCCAGCACAUGUGGGAAGCCCCCGACACGGCACUGCAACGCCUCAGACCCCCGCCGAGCCCACCCACCCGCCUACCUGACUGACCUCAACACUGCCUCCAACAUGACCUGUUGGCGCUCGGAAACCCUCCACCAUUCACCCCAGAAUGUCACCCUCACCCUCUCCCUUGGCAAGAAGUUUGAGGUAGUCUAUGUCAGCCUCCAGUUCUGCUCGCCCCGGCCCGAGUCCACUGCCAUCCUCAAGUCUAUGGACUACGGCAAGACCUGGGUGCCUUUCCAGUUCUACUCCACGCAGUGCCGCAAGAUGUACAACAAGCCGAGCCGCGCCGCCAUCACGAAGCAGAACGAGCAGGAGGCGGUGUGCACCGACUCGCACACCGACGUGCGGCCCCUCUCCGGCGGCCUCAUCGCCUUCAGCACCCUGGACGGCCGCCCCACCGCCCACGACUUCGACAACUCGCCCGUGCUGCAGGACUGGGUGACGGCCACCGACAUCCGCGUGGUCUUCAGCCGCCCACAUCUCUUCCGUGAUCUGGGCAGCCGGGACACGGGCGAGGAGGAGGGGGGCACGGGCUCCACUCCCUACUACUACGCCGUGGGGGAGCUGCAGGUCGGCGGGCGCUGCAAGUGCAACGGGCACGCAGCACGCUGCGUUAAGGACAAGGAGCAGAAGCUGGUGUGCGACUGCAAGCACAACACAGAGGGACCCGAGUGCGACCGCUGCAAGCCCUUCCACUACGACCGGCCCUGGCAGCGGGCCAGUGCCCGUGAGGCCAACGAGUGUCUGGCCUGCAACUGCAACCUGCACGCGCGGCGCUGCCGCUUCAACAUGGAGCUGUUCAAGCUGUCGGGGCGCAAGAGCGGCGGGGUGUGCCUCAACUGCCGGCACAACACAGCGGGCAGGCACUGCCACUACUGCAAGGAGGGCUUCUACCGCGACCUCAGCAAGGCCAUCACCGACCGCAAAGCCUGCAAAGCUUGCGACUGCCACCCCGUCGGUGCGGCCGGCAAGACCUGCAACCAGACCACGGGGCAGUGUCCCUGCAAGGACGGCGUCACCGGCCUCACCUGCAACCGCUGCGCCAAGGGCUACCAGCAGAGCCGCUCGCCAGUGGCCCCCUGCAUCAAGAUUCCUGCCAUCAACCCCACCUCCCUGGUCACCAGCACAGAGGCACCCGCAGACUGUGACUCCUACUGCAAACCAGCCAAGGGAAACUACAAGAUUAACAUGAAGAAGUACUGCAAGAAGGACUAUGUGGUCCAGGUGAACAUCCUUGAGAUGGAGACGGUGGCCAACUGGGCCAAGUUCACCAUCAACAUCCUCUCUGUCUACAAGUGCCGUGACGAGCGGGUCAAGCGCGGUGACAACUUCUUGUGGAUCCACCUGAAAGACCUGUCCUGCAAGUGCCCCAAAAUCCAGAUCAGCAAGAAGUACUUGGUCAUGGGGAUCAGCGAAAAUUCCACUGACCGGCCCGGACUGAUGGCUGACAAGAACAGCCUGGUCAUCCAGUGGCGGGAUGCCUGGACACGCCGUCUUCGGAAACUGCAGCGGCGGGAGAAGAAGGGCAAGUGUGUGAAGCCCUGAGGGGUUUGCACCCACCCUGUCCCCCAUGCCCAGCCUCAGCCCAGCUGGGUGCUGCCAGACUGCACCCACAGACUCUGUACAUAUAUAUAGUGUGAACGGACUCUUUGUCUAUAGUGUAUAUUUUGGCAAUGGUUUCCUGUUGUGUGCGUGUGCACGGGUGGGUGUGUGUGUCAGCCCUUUGAGUGUGCAUUAAACAUAAUGCAGUAAUGACAAACCUUUAA